AUGCUGGUCCGAGGUUGGAGUGCGGCUGUGGAUCAGCAGGCGCGGCGACAGGAAGGCAGACUCUGGCAGUCUCUCGAGUUGGGGGUGACUCGAAUUGUUACGCCGUGGGGCAUGGUUGUGUUCGGCGGCAGGAUUGUGUCCUUGAAGAUAUUAUACCACAUGCCCGGCUCAGCCAAAUGUGCUGAUGCCGACCCUGCUCAGCAAGCUAUUACUACAAGAAAACGUAAAACACCGGAUGGUAACAAUAUUUGUUUGGAGGAUUUCCACCGUGAACUUACUGAUACACUGUCAGAAUAUCGGUUAGAAUUAAAGGAAACUUUACGAGAAUUUCAAAGAAACAUCACAUCGUCAUUUGAAGCAUUGUUUAAUCAACAAAAUGAAACCAUCAAAAAAAUUCGUGGUGACCUCUCUAACCUCCAAUCUGAAAUAUCGGAUGUGAAACAGUGUCAACAUGAAUUGCAAAAGGAGUGUAGUGACCUGAGGUGUGACUUAACAAAUCUCGAUAAAAGCCACGUUGGAUUAAUGGACAAAACCACUUUUUUAGAAAAUGAAUUGAAGAACACAAAAAGUCUUAUAUUGUCACUUACAGAACAACAGCAUUUUAAGGAUCAGCAAGGCAAUAAUUUGGAGGUUUCGGGGGUACCUCAGAUAAAGGGUGAAAAUCUAUAUAAUAUAAUUCAUAGAAUAUCCAUGAAGAUCGGUUAUGUGCUUUCGCCGAACGAUAUCGACUUUAUUCAUAGAGUGAGACGUUUUGGAAAUAAAAGCAAUCAAAGUAAAGUACUAGAUGUAGCUUCUUCUAUGGAACAAAAAAAUCAAGUACCUAAUAUCAUAAUAAAGUUCACGCAACGCAAUAAGAAAAAUGAUUUUUUGGCAGCCGUGCGCACUCGGCGUGGAUUGACUACGGCAGACAUUGAUAUAGAUGGCACAUCUAAAGCUAUAUUUAUCAACGAUCAUUUGACGCCACACAACAAGACCCUAUUUAAGCAGGUUCGAAAGAUGGCACUUGCUUCCACUAGACCGUUCGGUUUAGAUUUACGUUCUGGUGAUGACGGAUCAGAUAUUGCCUCAGCGUCUAUCUCCUCUGAAGUCUCCUCAUCUGGUAUAUAA